CCUCCUUUGCAAUUGCAGCACGCCCACCACACAAAUCAACACCAAUAAUUUCUACCCCACAUCUCCUGAUCGCCGGAGCAGGAGAUGGAGGCGGCUGUCGGCACGGUGAGCUGGCUUCUCGGCAAGGCAAUCACAAAGCUGUCCGACGAGCUGGUGACCGCGUUCGUGGCCAGCUCCGAGCUUGGCCACAACUUCCAAAGCAUCAAGCUCCGGCUGACGUACACGCUGGGGCUGCUCCAAGAAGCCCAGAGAAGGGACAUGCGCAACAGUGAUGGUUCUGCUCUGCAGAGCUUGCUAGCGGACCUAAGCAAGAAGGCAGAUGAAGCCGAGGACGUGCUGGAUGAGAUCCACUACUUCCUGAUCCAGGACCAGCUCGAUGGCACAAGCGAGGCUGCCGUUCAGGAGCCUGCCACCCCGCAGGUCGGUGAUGUUCUCCGUGCUCACGCUCGCGAUGGCCGACAUGCUGUUCGCCACACUGUCGGUAACUGUCUUCAAUGCUUUUGUUUUUGUUCGCCUACAAAGGAUGGUGAUUCUGCUGCGGUCAACAUCACUACUAAAUCACACACCACAGCCAUGCCAAACAGUGGCAAUGAUAGCCGCCCUAUUGAUAGGUUGCCAUUCAACAGAAUAGCCAUGUCCAACAGAAUCAAGUCCAUAGUUGAGGAAAUGAACUCCAUAUGUGAACCUGUCUCCAACUUGCUCAAUAUUGCAAACCAGAGUAGCGCUGAAACAAGCACCACCGUCACUCUCAAUAGGCCAACCACAGGUUCAAUAGUGGUGCAAGAUAAACUGUUAGGGAGGAAUGACAUUUUUGAACAAACUGUAACUGCUCUCACUUGUGGCAUGUAUCACACUGAAACCCUUUCUGUACUGCCUCUUGUUGGCCCUGGGGGUAUAGGAAAGACAACUUUCACCCAACACUUGUGUAAUGAUAAAAGGACCGAGGCACACUUCACUGUCAAAGUCUGGGUAUGUGUUUCGACCGAUUUUGAUGUGCUUAAGCUAACCCGGCAGAUUCAUAGUUGCAUACCUGCAACUGAAAAUGAAGAUUCCAAUUUUAAGAAUGAAACAUCCAAUUUAGACCAACUUCAAAAAUCCGUUGCAGACAGAUUGAAGUCAAAAAGGUUUUUAGUUGUCUUGGAUGACAUUUGGAAAUGCAAUAGUGCAAGUGAUUGGAAUAACCUGUUAGCUCCGUUUAGAAAGGGGGAAAUCAAGGGCAACAUGGUUCUUGUCACAACUCGGUUUCCAUUUAUAGCACAUAUGGUGAAAACAACUGAUCCAGUAGAACUGAAAGGUUUGGAGCCUGAUGUCUUCUUUGAAUUAUUUGAAGGAUGUAUAUUUGGUGAUAGGAAACCUGCAGAUUAUGAAGAUGGCUUAAUUGAUAUUGCAAGAGAUAUUUCAAAGAAAUUAAAGGGUUCACCACUAGCAGCCAAUACAGUUGGUCGGUUAUUGAAUAAAAACAUUUCUUGGGAAUAUUGGGUUGGAGUUCUUGAAAAGAAUGAGUGGCAAAAUGCAAAAGGUGCUGAUGAUAUUAUGCCAUCUCUAAAAAUUAGCUAUGAUUACCUUCCUUUCCUUCUGAAAAUAUGUUUUUCAUACUGUGCCCUCUUCCCGGAAGAUUAUAAGUUUUACAAUUUUGAAAUUACUAGCUUUUGGACCGCGAUAGGUAUCCUAGACUCUAGUUAUCAAAAUGAUAAGAAUUACUUAGAAGAACUAGUAGACAAUGGUUUUCUCACGAAGGGAGUUGAUAGGUCUGGAGAUGAAUACUAUGUUAUGCAUGAUCUAUUUCAUGAACUAUCCCGGAAUGUUUCAUCACAAGAAUGUGUCAAUAUAAGUAGCUUCAGUUUUAGUGCUGAUAACAUCCCACAUUCUGUUCAACACUUAUCAAUCACCACAAAAGAUAUAUAUGAUGGAAGUUUUGAAGAAGAAAUGGGUAAACUGAAGAGCAAGAUGGACAUUGGAAAUUUGCGUACUUUGAUGAUAUUUGGAUUACAUGAUAAUAGAAUAGCUAAUAUUUUAAAGGGUUAAUUAUCCUUUUGCCCUCA